AUGCCGAGUUCCUGCAAAGAUAUCCGACUGGCCUUAGCCCAAUGCCUGCAAGAGUCGGACUGCAUCAUGGUCCAGCGCAACACCCCCCGUGAAUGUCUGCGCGAACCGCAUCUUGACCAACUCCCCGUGAAGUGCCAACAGCUCCGAAAGGGUCUCAGUGAAUGCAAACGUGGAAUGGUCGAUAUGCGCAAACGAUUCCGGGGCAAUGCGCCCGUUUCACUUACGAAAGAAACCGAUGCAGACACGGGUGAAGUCGUGGAAAAGAGAACCCCCGUUCCCCAACUAUAUGCCGGAAAACCCGCCGUUCAAUCUAUAAAGCAGACUAGCGGCGACGAGGCACAGAUGGAUCCGGAGAAGACAAGGGGAUUAUAA